ACUCUCAGGCUCUGGGCUUUGGCACGCCUGUCGGGGUUCCAGCAGGCACCAGGUGGACACUCACACUGGAUCAUCCAAGGAGGUUUAAUAAAAAGACUAUUUACCAAGGUGUAGGCAGGGGGCUGAGAAACCAUCAGGGAAGGUGCAGUGCCCUUGGGCAGUUACAGGGCCUCCAGCCCACUCCUGGCCUAAAAAAGGUGAGAGGAGGGAACCGCCACCAGAAUGAGGGGCAGAGGGCUGUGUGGAGAGGGCCAGCUGGCAGGAGCUGUGACUCUCAGGGGAGGGACACAGCUGCCCACAGUAAUCAUCCUAGGCAAUAAAUUGGCCCCCUCCCACUCUACUCUCCUUCUGCUCCUCACUUUCCUUCUGGGGCUCCCCACUGGCUGAACAAAACUAAAAGCGAGAAAGCAAGGGAGUAUCUUGAUACAGAUUGCUCAGGUCCACCUUCCGGGGCAAGAUGAAUCUGGAGAAGCAAAGGAUGGCUUAAAAUUUUAAGCACAGUCCAAACUUAGCAUUGUUGUGGGGUCUUAGGGCGCUGACAGGUCAAGGGUUAAAGUUCAGUUCUUAGCACUGUCUCUCCCUGAACACAGCACAGAGGGGCGGCUCAGAUUAAGGAAGUAUUCUCAAGCUUUCUCUAUCCAUAGCCGGGAAGUCCCCUUCUACCACACACCCUUGUUUCUCUCCACUGUCACACUGCCAGCUGCUCUCAGUGACCCUGGAGUCUUGGGAAGGCCUUUGCAGAGGGUUUCGCUCCUCUCUUGGACGGUAUCAAGAGGAGAGGGCCCUCCGUUGGAGUCUCCAGAAUCCCAGUGUCCAGUGUUAGGAAAGGGCAAAUGUCAUUUCUUGGGCAGCACGGGUGUUUGAGAGGCCAGCCUCUGGGACCAAGCAGAGCACAGGGCCUGCGAGGCCACACUCGGGUUGGGAUACAGCAGCACCACACUGGUGGGAAGAGAGAGACGGAACCCCAGAAAUUGGGCUUGCCUAAGUUCUGCAAACAGUGAGGAAGGGUUGGGCAGGGCUUCUGAGUAAAGCAGGAACGAGAGCCUGGCCAGGGUGUGUGCCAGGGCUGGAAUCCAGCCUGAAACACCAGCGCCUGGGCUCUCUCAGGACAGGGAGCCGCUGGCUCCAAAGGGCUGGGAAGGGCAUGCUGAGUCGCAGGAGGCAAGACGGGCCUGGAAAUCCCUGAGGCCUUGGACCAGGCUGCCAUGAAGCGAACCAGGAUGUCUGGUGCCAGGCGUCCCUCGCCGCGGGCCCAUGCCAGGUCUGCCCCCCAGCACACAGGACACAUGGUGCCCCCGCAACCACAUGCACGUCUCCUCGCCCACUCCACGCCUGCCCUUCCCCCCUCAGACAUGGAGGGCGGACAGUGGGAUGGCUAUGGGCGUGGGGGUGCAAAUUCUGACUCACAUUCCACAGAUGCACAGGUGUGGGACCUCCAAAUUUUGUCACUAUCCUGGUAAGAAAAGUGAGGCAACUCGCUUGUGAGAAGGAAGAGAGUGUGUGGUCAAACUGAGAACCCGAAGGAGCCAGAGACAGGACAGGCCGGGCGCUCCCUGUCUCCUCGGGCCGGGCCUUUUAGAGCCGCGGCAGUUUGCGUGGCACCAGUCAGCACUGGGACAAAUCGAUUCACCUCUGGACGAACCCGUGGGCAGCUUACUCUGAGUGAGGGCCUGAAGUCCUGACCCAGGCCUGAGCCUGGGGACACACGGGUCUGAUGGGCAUACAGAUGGGCACAUACCCUCCUCCUCAGCUGGGACACAAACCCAAGGGAACCCCAUACCGGUGGUAUAAUUUGAGGUAUUUGUGUGUGUCUGUGGUGUGAUGUGAGGUGUGCAUGGUGUAGGGCAUGUAUGUGGAAUAAGAGGUUGUGUGUAUGUCUGUGGUGUGGUAUGAGGUGUGUGCAUGGAGUGAGUUGUGUGUGUGCGUGUGUGUGUGUGUGUUUGGGAAGAGAUGCAGACUCCCACGGUGGUACACAGCACUGGAAAGGAAGUCAGGAGGCCUGGACUUCCUGGAGGCUGUGUUCUCGAUGGGCCCCCUCCUGGCCACCACAUCUCAAGAGCCCUGUGCCUUAGUGAGCUGUGCUUCCUCUCUCUGGGGUGAAACCCAGUUCCCCCGCACCUGCUCGGAACAUCUCUCACCCCGACCCACUUCUGACUCACUCAAGACUGCCCUUGAACACGCCACCUGAUGUUGCCAUGUCCUGGCAGACAGUGUGUGGCAUACUGUGCAUAUGAGACUGCCCACAUGCCCCAGACCCAGCGAGCCGGACAGGUAUGGCCCAGGGGAGAGCCCACUGCACCUCUCCGCCAUGUUCGUGGACCUCUUCCCUCAGUCCCAUCAGCGCAGCCCACGUAGCAAGAUAGCGCUUUUAUUUCUCUGCUACUUCUGGAGCAUUCACACUGAUGUGCCAUCUGCUCCAUUCCAAACCUACCACAGGACAAAGAGCAUCUCGGUCAAGCCCACAACACAAACCUCGACUGGAGGUUAGAAACCCAAAAUGAAGGUGUCAGCAGGGCCACACUCCCUCUAACAAGGGGAGGAUCCUUCCUUGCCUCUUCCAGCUUCUGCUGGCUCCUGGCAAUGCUUGGCAUCCCUUGGCUCGUAGAUGCAUCUCUCCAGUCUCUGCCUGUGUUCUCAUGCGGCCGUCUUGUCCCUGUGCAUCUUCUCUUCUUAUAAGGACACCAGUCAUAUUGGAUUAAGGACGCACCCUACUCCUAUGACCUCAGCUUAACUAAUUACAUCCGCAAUGACCCUAUUUCCAAAUAAGGUCACGUUCUGAGGUACUGGGGGCCAGGACUGCAACAGCUCUUUUGAGGGACACGGCCUAUCGGGGCAUGUUUGAAGUAGAAGGUAAGCGAGCGCCAUGCCACCUGCCCUCUUUCCUUCCUCCUGGGCCAUUACCCUCUUGCACUGAACACCCUCGCCCCUGCAGACUUCCUGGUGAGCCCAACAGAGCCAGAGCCCAGGGCACCGAGUGGACUGCAGUGUUAUUUGUAACAAGAGCCUCUGGCACCCAGCAGCAGGCAACCACAGCAUCUGCAGAGUGCUGUGCAACUUCUCCUCUCCCACACAGUGCUCUCUGUUUGAGUCCCACCCUAUGUACAGAUGAGAUUACGGCACACUCACCUCCAGAAAAUAGCUCCAGCUGAUGCCAGAAAUCACAGGGCUGGAGGCGGGUGCUCACACAGUCCCCACCAGGCCUACAGUUGCCUAUAAGCCACGCCUGCCCCUUGCUCCUCAUCCGAAACACCUAAGCUAAGAGAUGCAGGUGCCCCACCCCCCUACACGCCCCUCAAACAGUCCCUUUGUCAUGCACCUGCCUUAUUCUGUUGGGACGGGGUUAUUGAAGGGUUGGCCGAGGCCACAGGGCCCCAGAACUCUGCUAUGGGCAACCCAGGACACAUUCCGACCCUGUCACCAGGAGCUGCAGGGUUCCCUGGAUGUCCUGGAGACUGCUCAAAAUGAUCCACGACUUUAUGAAUUCACUUGAUACCAAACGUCUAAGGCCUACUUGGUGCCAGGGGCAGAGAGCCGCACUGAAUAAGGCCAGCCCUGCCUUCAGGAGCGCCUAGAUUGGGAGGUGUGCGGGGAAGGGGCAGCCCAACAGGUCAGGGAGACAUGAGAGGUGAUGGCACUAAAGGGUCAAAGUCUGAGCACCCACCAGGGGCCAGGGAAAACCCCAGUGUACACGUGCUGCCAGGCAAAUACGGGUCGGUAAACAAAACUAUAUUCAGAUGAGCUCGGGCUGGGGUGUAUUAGCAAAAGCGACACAGCCUGGGCGCUGUCCUCAGAACGCACGCCUCCUCUCAAACGCAGCGCCGCCGGCUGCCCAGGGGCGUCCCCAGCCACCCCGACCCCGGGGUGCCUAUGACCGUCCGCUGGCUGGGGCUUGGGCGUCGCCUGCUGGCCGCGCCGCGCAGCGGCAGCGAGAACCCGGGCGCCCGCGCGAGGGUGCCAGAAAUGCCACACCUUCCGUAGCAGGCAGGGUCUCCAGGGACCGCUCCCCGUGGGAAUCUAACCCCGGAGGCUGGCAACCUUGGGGGACCGGUCUUGGAGCUGGAUUUGGUCCAUGCCCUCAGAGCACGAAGCCGGGCCAGUGUUGCUCAGGAGGCCUGCCUGCCACUCGGCGGCUGACCUUGAGGUCCUCGCGCCCUCGCGGGACAGCCCGCUCCGGGCCAGUGUCACUGGGGUAGCGGGACGGAAGGAGGAGCCUGUCGGGGUCCGGGCCGGGGCGGUGGAGAGGGGAAGGAGUGGGUGGAGCCUAAGGCGGGGCCAUUCCUUCGCUGUCCCUCGCCCGCCGCCUGCCCCAGCUCACCUCUCGUCCGGGGACAUGACAGGCACGCCUGGCGCCGCUGCCACCAGGGAUGGCAAGGCUCCUGAGCGCUCCCCGCCCUGCAGUCCGAGCUACGAUCUCACGGGCAAGAACAAGGUGGUGACCGUGGAUGGUGUGAGGGUGAAGCUACAGACAAAGCAGUUCCCAGGCGCCCUCUCUUCCAUCAGAGGCAGCCCGAAGUGCCUUCAGACAAGCUUAGGCUCCCUCUAUCUCCUCCCCAGUUUCCUGGGCCUCCUCUGCUCUAGGAGGUUGGACACCCUAAGCCCCUGGGCUGGGGAAGAGGCGACAGCACUGAAUGAGCUUGAGAACUCAGUGACUACCACAGUCCAGGACAUCAUCAGAUGUUCAGAAGCCCAUGAGAACCUAAAGAAGGAAAGAUCCCACCUUCCCACACCUCCCCCGUACCACGACACGGUCUUUCUCUGCCCAGCACAGUCCCUGCCCCCUGCCUCCUUCUGACCGUUUAUCUGUCCCU